AUGCAAUGGCUUGGAUGGAGACUGGCUUUGGCUGCUGCCGGAGUCAUGUUGGCAUGCGAAGUCCUUGACCAAGCUUUCGCCGGAUGUUACCGCAGCCGGCUUCGGAAUGCUGGGGUUGUCGGGGGCCCAGUGUCCCUACGAGGUGUGGCACCCUGGCUCCGGGAGCCACGGAGCUUGGACGAGGCCCGGGGGGUGAAGAGGCCGAAGGAGGCCUCCGGCAAGGGCAAUCGGCCACUGGAGUACUCCCCGCUCCAUCAGUCCUUCAAGGAGCGUCUGCGGAACAUCGCUCCCUAUCCCGAUGUGAUCCGACAGGUGGAAGAAAACUUUAACGGGAAAGGCGGCUACCACCGCGCGAACCAUGCUGCCAAGUUCAAGCAAAAGAAGGUGGAGCCGACGGCUUUGGACCGAAUCGCCGAUACGCUCGCCUCCUCGAGGACACGGCUCUUCUCCAAGGCGCCGCUGCAGCACUCCAGGAAAUGGCCGAAGGCAGACCCGGCCUACGCUGAGGUGGCCGUGAUCGGCCGCUCUAACGUUGGGAAGAGCAGUCUGUUAAACAAGAUCAGCCAGUUUGGGACGGUCGCUCGGGUGUCGAGCAUGCCCGGCCAGACGAAGGAGGCAGCCUGGUAUCGGAACAAGAAGGUCAAAGUGGACUUCAUUGACAUGCCCGGCUAUGGCCACUCUGCCCGCGCCCGGGUCUUCGGCCCAGAGGCACUGGCCUUCGUGCGGAACCGGACGUCUUUGAGGGGCCUGUACGUUUUGAUCGAUGCCCGGCACGGCUUCAAAUGGUCCGACCACGAGUGGCUGAGCGAGCUGGGAUCUGCUGGGCCCAUGAAGCAGGUUGUUUUGACGAAGUGUGACCUCGUGCCCGACAAAAAGCUGAUUGAGGUCGCCAGUCUUGUGCGCUCCGAUCUGGAAUCCUACAAGCGAGUCGAGCGAAAGGUCAUUCUUUGUUCCUCUGCCUGGCUCACUGGCUUUCGUGACCUGCGAAAAGACAUCUGCGAGCGAUGCAAACUGCUGAAAGGUACCACCGCGGCACCAAAACCGGGCGCCAGGCGCGACGAUCUGCCACUGCGGGCCACAAAAGGCCAGGAUCUGGGCAUCCUCUGA